UCCCGCGCGAUGAAGUGCGUGUUCGUUACCGUAGGGACCACCUGCUUUGACGACCUCAUUGCGCGCGUCUGGGCGCACGAGAGUCUGCAAAUACCCAAGAGCUUUUAUGACCAACUUAUCCUCCAAACUGGUAGAGGAACUGUAGUACUUGAACCGUUCAGUGCUGAGUCUUUUACUCUGAAUGUUUACAGGUACAAGGAUUCCUUGAAAGAAGACCUUCAGAAAGCAGAUCUUGCUAUUAGUCACGCAGUAUUUCUGGAUGAGCGAAGGAUGGAAAAUUCAUCACCAUGGCUCAACUUUCUGAUAAGAAACGCUAAGCACAGAGAGGGAGAUAGUUCACGCAAUGACACCUGUAAUGAACUGUGCAGGAAGCUGGAGACUCUGGAAAAAGGAAAGCCUGUGGUAGUCAUAAAUGAAAAGUUGAUGAAUAUCAACUGGAAUAAUCAGCUGGAAUUGGCAAAGCAGCUGUACAGAGAGGGGCAUCUCUUCUACUGUACUUGCAGGGUCCCGACCUAUCCUGGGCAAGCCAGUUUUGCUUCUGCUCCUGCGAAGUGCCGAGGUUCUGCAGUGCUGACUCCAACUGCCUUCUCAUGCCUAGACCUGGGGCUGUUUUCCAGAUAUCUGCAUAAACAGCCCUUGUCACUCCUACUCAUUCCUCCCUGCAUCCUGCUUUUUUUUCUUUUUGCCACACUUUGUUCCUUCUUCUGCCCUGCUACGACCCUGCAAAUGAAUAAAGGAUGGAAAAAGUACUGCGGCCAGAAGUCUCUGAGUGAGACAUCAAUGGAUGAAUAUUUAGGCAGCUUAGGGCUGUUUCGAAAGCUGACUGCCAAGGAUGCCUCUUGUCUCUUUCGGGCUAUUUCGGAGCAGUUGUUUUGCAGCCAGGUCCAUCAUUUGGAAAUCAGGAAGGCUUGUGUCUCAUAUAUGAAGGAAAAUCAACAAGCUUUUGAAUCUUAUGUGGAGGGAUCUUUUGAGAAAUACCUGGAACGGUUGGGAGAUCCCAAGGAAACUGCUGGCCAGCUGGAAAUAAAAGCUCUUUCUCUAAUUUACAAUCGAGAUUUCAUUCUUUAUCGUUAUCCUGGAAAACCUCCAACUUAUGUCACAGAUAAUGGCUAUGAAGACAAGAUUCUGCUGUGCUCUUCCAGUAGUGGUCAUUAUGAUUCUGUAUAUUCAAAACAGUUUCAGUCAAGUGCAGCUGUUUGUCAGGCUGUAUUGUAUGAAAUUCUCUAUAAAGAUGUGUUUGUUGUGGAUGAACAAGUUUUGAAAACUGCAGUUGAAUUGUUUCGAAGUAAUUCCAGGAAGAACAGAAACAAUGCUCUGACUGCAAGUGAUGAUGCCCAUAUCGAUUACAAGAAUUCAACUCAGGAUAGGACUGAAGAGUGGGGUGCCUGCUGCAAUGUUGAAAGUAUACCAGAGGGCUACAAUCAAGGGACAGAAGAAUCAAAGUCUCCAGAAAAUCCAUCAAAGAUGCUCUUCCCCUAUAAGGUGCUCAAAGCCCUGGAUCCAGAAAUCUAUCGUAAUGUAGAAUUUGAUGUUUGGUUGGACAGCAGAAAAGAACUUCAAAAAUGUAAUUACAUGGAAUAUGCUGGGAGGCAGUACUAUUUGGGAGACAAGUGCCAGGUUCGCUUGGAAACAAGUGGAAGAUACUAUAAUGCUCAUAUUCAGGAAGUUGGAAAUGAAAACAAUUCUGUAACAGUCUUCAUUGAAGAAUUGGCAGAAAAGCAUGUUGUUCCACUGGCUAACCUAAAAGCAGUUACCCAAGUGCCACCUGUUCCUGCCUGGAAUGCUAUGCCCAGUCGGAAAGGAAGAGGUUACCAGAAAAUGCCUGGGGGCUAUGUUCCGGAAAUGGCUAUGGUAGAGAUGGACAUGAAGCAGCGGAAGAAAAUAUUCAAGAAAGUUCGAGGAAAAGAGGUUUAUAUGACAAUGGCCUACAGCAGAGGAGAUCCCCUCUUUCCAGCCAGACUUCAGCAUAGCAUGUAUUAUGGGCAUGAGCCUCCUUUGCACUACUCACAGGCAGCUGGCAAUGUUAUGCCUAAUGAACAUUUUCAUCCUCAAUAUUCAUCUCAAAGACAAGGUCGGGGAUGUGGGAUGCCUAGGGAUUCAUCUCACUUUAUCAACAGGCAAAACAUGCCAGGCCCUAAAGUUGGUUUUUAUUCUGGCCCAGGAAAAAGGUGCUGCCAGAACUAUGAUAACUUCUCCUAUAGAUCUCGCUCCUUUAGACGUAGUCACCGCCAGAUGCAUUGUAUGAAUAAGAACUUCCAAUAUGGGUUUGUCCCAGAAAACGGACAGAUGCCCAGGAGCUUGGAAGAAACUGUUACUUUCUAUGAAGUGGAAGAAGGGGGUGAGACUGCUUAUCCAGCUUUACCUAAUCAUGGAGGUCCCUCUACAAUGGUUCCUGCUAAUUCAGGAUACUGUGUUGCAAGGCGAGGACAUAGUACAGGCAAACAGCCUUUGAAUUCAGAAGAGAAUAAUGGUCAGGGUGAUAGUGGGGUAUAUCAUGAAGAAUAUCUUUAUCCUUCAGAGCCAGACUAUGAAACUUCAAGUGUUUACAGCACAACUGCAUCUACAGCAAACUUGUCUCUUCAGGACAGAAGGCCAUGUUCUGUACCUCCUCAGGAUGCAGUUACCUCAUACAGCUACCCCCAAAAGGAGAUGGGAAAUUCUCCAGUACUUGCAGCUUCCUGUGCCAAUAAUGUUCCAGCUCCAGUUUUAUCUAACUGUACAUCAGCUGAUCAAGCUAGUAGCACUGCUUCAGUUUCCUCACAAAAUACUGUACCACCUCUAUAUGUAUCUACACCUAUACGAGGUAGACCAGUGAUUGUCUCACAGUCUUAUCCAUACCACUCUCCUCCUCUUCCUCCUGCUGCUGCUGCCGCCUCUCUACCAGUACCACCACCACCACCACCACCUCCACUUCCUUCUCUUGAGAUGGGAGAGGCUUCAAACUUACCACCACCACCUCCGCCUUACUCCUGUGAUCCAAGUGGCAGUGACCUGCCUCAAGACACAAAAGUUUUGCAGUACUAUUUCAAUCUUGGAUUGCAGUGCUAUCAUCAGAACUACUGGCACUCCAUGGUCUAUAUGCCACAUGUGCAGCAACUCCCUAUAGAGAAUUAUCCAGUGUAUCCUGAGCCACCUCCUCUGAUAGGCCAGACUGUUACUCACACGUACAGUGAAGUAGGGAGAGCAGAUGGCACACAGGCAGAAGCAUCAACAAAUGAUACUUUCCCAAAUGCUGAUCCUGCAUCGAUCCCUCAUGGAGCAGUCUACUAUCCAAUAAUGUCAGAUCCCUAUGGACAGCCACCUUUUUCAGGUUAUGAUGCCUGCUAUCCUGUUGUGCCAGAUUAUACCUGUGUUGCCUCAUGGCAUCCAGUUGGUGCAGUCUAUGGCAGUUCUUCUCAAAUUCAUGGUGCUAUAAAUCCUGGGCCAACAGGCUAUGUUGCUCCACCUUCCUCAGCUCCUCAUUAUUUACCUCAAAAUAUGUAAGAUUCAACAGUAUGAAGUAUUCUUGCACUGCUAUUUCUUGCUGUUUUGGUUUUUAGAAAGUCUUUUAUGUUAGUGUUUAAAUGGUUUAGGUGGGUAGAAUGGUUACUGUUGUAUCUGUUUUCAAGAAUAUUUUAUCUUUUGAUUUAAAAUACCACAUUAAAGUAAUAUUUCUUUGAGUUGUGAAUGAAGAAAUUGAGUUGAAUGUACAAAUAGUCCCACAUUUUAUUCAACUGCUUUCCUAUCAGCUGGCUUGUCAACUUUGAGUUAGCUGAUGGUCACAACUGAUAAAAGGAAUAAGUCAUACAAACUGUUUCCUUAGUUCAAAGAUCACACAUAUUAAACCAUGCAAAAUUGGAAUAACUUCUGCUUUUUUCUAGAAAGCAAAACAAUAAAACCAGAAGCCUUUGCUUCUAGGUGACUCAAUAUUAAAUGAGAGUGUUCUUCAGAUGUCUUAAGAAUUGUCUGAACUGAGCUGUAUUCUGUGGUAAUCAGCUUUGAAGGCACACAGUGCUCUGCUUUAGAUUUAUCCUAUAUACUAUUGUUUAAAACUGGAUUUAUGUAACUGUUUUACUGCACAGUAUUGAAUUGGUGUCCUUUGCACAGUUAGCAGUAAAUAAAAACUAGCAUUUAAAAUGGCCAAAAUGUGUGAGAUUUUCUUCUAUUUUACUUUUUCAUGGCCACAAAGAGUGUACCAGACAUUUGAUUAUUUCAACAUGUUUUUUCCCCUGGCAUUUUGGUUGCAAAAGAAU